CCCGGGCCGCGCCGGGCCGGGACCCCGCGGGCAGCCCGCCGGCGGGCACGUGACGCCGCCGCACCGCGCCGCGCCGCAGCACCGCACCGCAGCACCGCACCGCGCCGCCGACGGUGCUGCGGAGCCGCGGCCGCCGCGCCGGCACACGCCCCCCGCUCCUUCCUUCCCUCCGCACCCGCCUCCGCCUCCGCCUCCUCGACCUCCUCCCUGCCCGAGGGGCACGGGAGCCGGUGACGGGAGCGAGGCGGAGUCUGGAGGGAAGAUACCGAGAGAUAGAGAUUUAAAUCACAUCCCCGGCUGUAGAAGGGCAGCAGCAGCAGCAGCCCCGGCGCAGAGGUACGGACGCACGCGCCGAGACAGGUCUGCCGGCUCAGCCGCCGCCGCUGCUGCUGCUGCUCACCAUGGGUGCCGCCGCCGCCGCCGCCGCCGCCGAGCCCCCCCGCGCCAUGGGCCUGGUGUCCAGCGUGGUGAACGACACCCUCGAGUUCUACCGCUGGACCUGGAGCAUCCGAGACAAACGUGUUGAUGACUGGCCCUUGAUGCAGUCUCCAUUUCCAACACUGACUAUAAGCACUAUUUAUCUCCUCACUGUCUGGCUGGGCCCCAAAUGGAUGAAGACAAGAGAGCCCUUCCAGUUACGUUUCCUGUUGGUUGUUUACAACUUUGGAAUGGUUCUACUCAACUUCUUCAUUUUCAAAGAGCUGUUUUUGUCUUCAAGAGCUCGAGGGUACAGCUAUGUCUGCCAGACUGUGGAUUACUCAGAUAAUGUUUAUGAAGUUAGGAUAGCUGCUGCUUUAUGGUGGUAUUAUGUCUCUAAAGGAAUUGAAUAUUUGGAUACAGUAUUCUUCAUCCUGAGGAAGAAAUUUAACCAAAUUAGUUUCCUUCAUGUCUAUCACCAUUUCACCAUGUUCACCUUAUGGUGGAUUGGUAUUAAGUGGGUUGCAGGUGGACAAGCUUUUUUUGGAGCUCAGAUGAAUGCAUUUAUUCAUGUCAUUAUGUACAUGUAUUACGGAUUAGCUGCCUGUGGCCCUAAAUUUCAGAAAUACCUGUGGUGGAAACGAUACUUGACCAUAUUGCAAUUGGUGCAGUUCCAUGUGACUAUUGGCCACACAGCCUUGUCUAUUUAUAUCGAUUGUCCUUUCCCUAAAUGGAUGCACUGGGGUGUAAUUUUCUAUGCUGUCACCUUCAUUUUCCUGUUUGGUAACUUCUACUAUCGGACAUAUAAGCUGCCCAAGGAAUCUCUAAAGAAUGGCAAAAUAGCAAAUGGUGCUGUUGCAAAUGGAGUAAGCAAACCAGAAAAUAAUGCAGUGGCGGAAAAUGGAAAAAAGCAGAAAAAGGGAAAAGCAAAAGGAGAGUAACUUGAUCCAGGCCUUAACCAUUGUUGGCAGUGAGGAACCUCCAGUUUGGUUUGUAAAAGGAAGAAAAAAAACACUAUCUGUACCAAUUAACCUUAGGUUACUGAAGAGCUAGAACACAGAUAUUUUCAUUAUUUAUGAAGAUUGUUUUAAGAACAACACUAAAGUUGAAUUUCUAUUGUAAUUAUGUAAUUAUCAUGCAUAUGGUCUCUGUGUAAACUUGUAGACUGCUGGUGUUGGUUAAUGUAAGGAAGAAUUGCAGUUGAUUCCAUGUUUAGCAGUCCAAAAGUUAAUACUACCAUUGAUACAGGCAGUUUUGUUGACACCCACAUUUCUUUGGGGGAGGGAGGGGAAGGAAGUAGCGUUUGGAUACUUGUGUUUUCUUUCCAGAAAAUUAUUAAAUUUCAAAUUAUGCCAUAUUAUCUAAUCAGAAUGUGCAAAUUUUCUUGUCCUCCUUGGAGAGUAUCUUCAGACACAUUAUGUUUAUGUGCUGUCAGAACAGUGUUUGACUUUUCAGACAUUACUUGAUUUAACUGUCUGUUACAAGUUGUUUUGGUUUUUUUUUUUUUCUUGUGUGGAAAUAUACCUACCUCUUCAUCCGCUGAAAAGAAUAUUGAACAUUAAAUAACUGGUUUCUGAAAUAUGGAGUCCUCUAAUAUAAAUAUCUGUUAACACUAAUUCAGGAGAAAACAUGGUUUCCUGUGGGAGUAAAAGGGAUUUGGGGGGCGGUAUUUUUUUUGUCAAGUAAUCAGUAACCGUUUUAAAUGUAAGCUUGAAUUUUGGAGUAGUACUUUUAGUAUGGCUAAGCGAAGAAAACAUUUUAAGAAUGUAUAAAUAUGAAACAAUAGAUUGUUUGAAGCAAGCAGUAAAAGUAGGCCUGCUGCUUGUUGUCCGUGACCUGCAUUACACCUGUGGUGCUGACCGAUACUGAAAAUGGUAAGAUAAUGUUACGGUGGAGAGAAAACAGCAAUGUGUAAUUCCAUUUAGAAAUGCUGUGUGUAUGGGUAAUCACGCUAACUACAAGACAGUUGCUUUAUUGGGAGAGAGAAUUUGCUUAAAAAGUACUAAAUACAUCAAACAUAAAAUGUUGAAAACACUGCAAAUGGGUGAUACCCAUCAACACUCUCUUUGUUUAGACGCUUGCAGACAAAGUAUUGCCAGCAGUCAGGCCACCAGUUUAAUGUGAAUGACAGAGAUGGGCUUCUGAAACUUAUUCCCAAAAUAUUCUUGUCUCUUUUCAACCUAAUUGACAAAGUGAUUAUGUUAAUCGUUUUUAGUCAAAACUGCUAAAAUAAGUAGAAGCCUUUUAGACGGCUUUUCGUCUUACUUGAUACAUUAAGGGAGUUCUUACUGCUCCUUUUGUGAAGAAAAUAUGGAAAGAGUUAUUCUUCCAAAUAAUGUGAUUACUAAGAGAGAUGUUUUGAGCUGCUCAGUAUGUUAUGAGUGUAAGACGGGUGGAAUUAGAAACCUGAACUCCCACGGUCCUUGCUCAUCACCGCAGGAGCUACGUUUAGACAGCAACAACGCAUUCCUCCCAGCUCUGGACAAAAACAUAUUCAUAAUUAGUGACAAACUUGCACCUGGCAAGUGACAGCAUUGUUGCAGGAAAAAAGUACAUGGAGCUGUAGGUGUAAAGUGUGUGACAUGUUUAAUAGUUUUUACAACUCGACUAACCAUUUGUCUGUUUACAGCAUGCAAACAGGUCACAUCUUCUGUGUCCCAGGUUUGUCUGUUGUCUCUAUACUAAGAACUGCCUAAGCCCAAAAAACAAGCCCUUGGAAAAAAAGGAUUGGAUAUAGUGUGUUGUACUCUGAAGUAAUUCCUAAUGCUGGAAUUGAUUCAGCUGGGAGGUAGUUCAUCCAUAAUCUCCACCACUGUGGAUUUUACAGCAGAAUAUAGGAUUGUGAAAGGAUGUCUCUGCUGAGCUGUAAUGCAUGUGACCGUUAAGGUUCCUAUCUGUUGUGUCUUGUGAUUCUUCCAGCCUUUGUACUGAAGCUUUUUGCAUUUGCAUAACACUCUGUUUUUACGAAGCGUGGCGUGGGGAAGAGGGAUAGUGGUGUACCCUUCCUUCUUGGACAAAUGCCACUACUCUUAACCAAGGCAAAAUGCUGGCUGACUGGGUAACUUUGGAAUGGCUAAAGGAGCAAAUAACUACAAAGCAAGCUAGCAGAUUUACAGCACACCUGCUACUCCAAAGUAAUGGCUGGUGUGAAUACACUUACCCUACUGUAAAUUCAAGGUAGCUUACCCCACUUUGAUUAAGGGGUAGCUUCUUUCUAUUUGCAAUGGGAUGUGGGCAGCUAACUUGUAAAUCUGUAUCAUUCCUUGUAUUAUGUUAAAUUGGUUGUUUGCUCUGUCUUUCUUCUGGUAAGCCAGAUCAGAUAAACUGAUGCUCUUAAUGUGAUCUAGCUCUGAAAGAGCAUACUGAAGAAGUAUUCCAGUACAGGUUCAGUUAACGUCUUUGCUACACUUUGUAAAGUAAGAAUUAUGUCUUGCAUGUUGGCAAAUAUUUAAAUAACUGAAAGUCAAAUCUUCUCUCCCCUCAUCAUGCAUGGAAGCUGCUUAAAGUCGAUAACAGCUUAAGCCUACUGGCAGAACUUGAGUAGAAUCCUACCCUCAAACUCUGGAGCACUCGGUAACCUUUAAGAAAAAAAAUGAAGCAGCGCAUUGUGGGAAUGCAUGUGUACACACACAUCAUGCCGCCUGGCCCUGUGGGUAAAACCAGUUUGAGAGCUUGGCGUUUCACGGGGAAAAAAAUCAGUUAUUAAAUUGCUGGAACACUGCUGUUUUGAGUCCAUUUUCUGCAAUAUGUUUUCCUAGGUCUGUUUAUGAUAUAUUUGAUUGUCCAUAUGACUACUUGAGUCCCAUUAUGAUCUUGAAUAUAAUGGCCUUAUUAAAUGUGCAUUUUUGUAGGCGUUCUCUUGAGUGCAAUACUUUUGUUUCUGACUGUGCAGCCAAACUCACAGAGUAUGGGGCUGAACUUGUACAGUUUUUUCUUUUCCAAAAUUUCAGGCAACGAUGCACAUGUGAGAUACUGCCAGAUUCAUUAAAGUCAUCAUUGAGUCCAAGACACCUCAGAAUUUUGCCGUAAUAAGUAAAGUAACACAAUGUAUGUAUAAAUGUGCUUGCUAUACACUGAACUGAAAUUUAAAUUAUAAAAUCUACUUUGCGUGGUAUUUUUUUUUUAAUGCUUCAAAUUUAUUUAAAAGUGAAAUUCAAACCAUUUGGAGCUUUUCUUUUUUGCCAAUGAAAAAAUACUUUGCUAACAGUUCUGAAGCUCUUGGACCAGAGUCACAUAAUUAUUUCAUGCCAUAUAAGUGAUACCGUUUCAUUUAGUCUCAUCUCUAGCAGUGACAGUUGUUGGAUUCUUUUAGCACUUUGACAGUGUAAAAUAAAUACAAAUUAUCUAUAUAUGUGUAUGUAUAUAUGUGUACACAUACAUAGGGUAUGUGUGGGGGUAUAUAUAUGGGUUCUUAGCAGGUUCUUUCAAUAUGUGAAGUAAAUUAUACUUCUUAAAUGUGAAGUUGGCAGGAGCUAAUAGAACAGUUCCGACAGCUCGAGCAGUAAAAUGAAGCAGCUUUCAUUGAUCCAUAGAUCCAAUAUCAGUCUUGCAGACAUAAAUAGUAUUUGUCAGUCAUUUUAGACAUGGGAUGGCAGACAAGCCAGAUGCAUUUCUUCCAGUGUAAUAAAUAUUUUGAGGCAUUGGUUGUAGAUUCUGAGGGGAGGGAUCUCAACUCGGAGGAGCUGAAGAAUUACAGUUUUAUAGUAGGGAUCAUUUUAGAAAAUGGUAUGAGUAAUUUGCUCCAGGUAAGUCUUUGAAGUCAUUGUAAUCAAAUUGUCUGUUUAACAGAACACUUCAAAAAAAAAAAAAAUGUUUCUCUGUAGGUUCAAAAGCAUGACCUAUUUGAUUAUAUGACUAUUAACUACUUCCAGCUCCGGAUCAGGAGAAAAAGAUGAAGGCAAAAUAAAAAUGCUGCACAUUUUUUUUCAGGUUAACCUUAGGGCACAUUUCUUCAGAGUAAGUGCUUGACCUCCAUGUGCUGGGGAGGCAGGUAAGAAAGGAGUAAAUAGCUAUUGUGCUGAAAGGUCUCAUUCCUAAAAUAGCUUAUAAGCAUGCUUGCUGUCUCUUAAAAACUUGAGUGAAAUUGUUCAUGGUACAUAAACCUUGCAUGAAGUUAGUGUGGGAUGAGAGUUAUAAUGUUCAAAGAGAUAUUUAAAAUUAGAUCUGUUUCAGUUAAAACUGAAGUGAAUGGAGAGCUUAUUAAGUAUUUGGAUAGUGUAUUCAUCUUGGUUAGAAGCACAGACUAAGUCAGUUUGGCACCUAGAGCGAGUCACCCAUGUGACAUCUCAUUGUGUUGUGGUCUGAUGAGUUGGCCCCUUUGCUAACGUAAGCAGUUGGAGCUCCAUGGAAAUAGGUAGGGUGGUUCCCAUUUACGUCAGCAGAGUACGUUUAACCCUAAAGAACUGACAAAAUACUUGCUUUCUGCCAGUAUCCCAGGAGGAUGAGGGAAAUACAUGGUUCAGGAUGCUGCUUUGCGUAAGGUGUUCAUGCUUUUGUAAACAAUAAAAAUAAAAAUUACUUUUUUUCAUGCUGUUUGGGUUCGGUUUUAUGCAUUCUGUAGAAAGUUCUGUGUCCCAUCUUGCUUCGAGAUGCUUGCUGAUUUUAUACUGUUGCACAGAUUGUGUUGAUGUAAUCUGUUCUGUAGCCCAGAAGUUUGAGAGAAACACUUCAGUGGCACAUCAUCCCAUAUUAAGGUUUAGGGGACUCUGUAAUUUUUAAUAUUGACCCAAAAUAGUAGUCUAGUGGCUUUGAAGUCACCCUUAGGGAACUGACUGAAAAUAGGAUGUCCCCUUAAGGGAGAAACAAGUCUCCCGGAAUAUAUUCCAGCUGUGCAGUACAUAUAUUGGCAUCACAUUUGUCCAGACAUCAUCUUAAGGCUGGGGGAAAACUGAAAGUGUCAAAUAGAGUUGGCCUUUGCUGCUAGCCCAGUAUGUCUUGUGCCUUGGAUAAGCAGGAGAGGGAGGGAAGGAUCAGCAAAGUGAAAAAAUGGAUGCAAUGCCUGAAUAUAAUGGUUGUAGCUAAGAAACCUUCUCAAUCAAUCUUCUAUUUUGAGAACGUGGUGGUACAACAAUCUCUAUGCUGUUCCUCAGGCUCCAGAUUGUUUGGCCCUGGAAGUAUUAACAAUUAGGAAUACAAUUAGCCACUUGUUUAGCUCUUGCUGAACACCACAUUGUGUUAAUGUGAUGUCUCUCACCCCGGGGGAUCUGGAGCACUCUUGGCAGUAGGUGUAAUUCAUGAUUACGUGUUGCUGUGUACUAUAAGCUUCUUCAUAGCCAGUCCACCAAGUAUGAUCAGUAUAAUCAACUUUAUAAUGCUGAGUUGCACCCAUAUGGCACUCCUAGCGCCUAAGUGCAAAUAGCUGCUCUGGAUGUCAAGUAGCAGACAACUGAGUCUGCCAUCACAGCAAAAUAUGGUGUGGCCAAUUCUCUCUUGCAUAAUUCACAGCUGUUGCUUCAAUUCACUGUUUAUAUCUUCCCUGAAAUCAGAAAAUACACAGUGUUCAGAGCAGGGUUUGUCCCUUUGACGCUUAACAUAUGCUGGUGGUAGGCACCCUGUCCAGGCAUCUUCUCCAUAAUACUCAUUCCCCACCAGGAAUCAAAAAUAAGCACGCGUGGUCAAGCUGGGUUCAUCAGAUGGUUGGAGAGAGUAGGCUGGAUCCUUUGGUUUUCAUGUUUGGUUUUCUUUAUUGUAUCACUUGCUGCUUAAUGUCCAGAAAAUUGGGAAUGUGGGAAAAGUUUUAUUACCCGUUGACCUGUUACUCUGAGCUUGCUCAGCUCAGAGCACUGGAGUUACCACAAGAGAUUGGGUGAACACACGCUGUAGUCUUAGACGAAAAUGAAGCAUGUACUCAAAGGCAGUUUUGAAGGCAGUACUUCCUUUCUAAGGACCAGUGCCUUUCGGUGUCUUUUUAUGCUUGAGACUCCUAGGUAGCCUAAGAAACGCGCACGCACCUCUCUGUUGAUCGCCUGAUGCGUCGGUGACAUUGCGUUUGACUUAAUUACGAAGAUGCUUAUUGAUGGGCAAGGUUAUGGCUCUUUUGAUCAUUGCUGUGCCAGUUGUCCAGGACCUGAUUAGUGCACGCUGGUCUGACAGUAUUAAAACAGUGCCAGUAGUUUCUGCCAGAGCACCGUACAGUUGGUACAGCUUUGAGGGGAAAACAGCUAUUUACGUUUUGAUUCAAUAUGUAGGAAUUAAUACGAGCUCAUAUGGCAUUGCUGCUAUCUGUCAAACCAAUAUCAGGUAGGUUUUAGUUUGCUAAAUGAAAUGAAAUCUUUGAUUCUUGAACUGAUUCAAAGAUAAAGGUUGUCGAUCCUUAUCUUUAGAUUGAGAACUGUUAUUCUUGCAGUGGUAUCAUCUUAAUUUGUUUCAUGAGAAACUACCUUUAUACUGGUAGCUUUUGGAGUGUGUUAUGAGAGAAAACUAGAGAAAUACAAGAAAUAACUUGGGCCAAAAGCUAGAGAACAUGGAGUGGUCGCUCCUCUAGUUUUUGCCCUUGCCGCUAGAUGUUGCAGGAGUUAGUUUAAGGACUACUCUAUAACUGUCACUGCUGUGUAUUUCCUAUUUAUAGAUGCUGUAGCAGUAUACAAGUAGUGUACUUGGUGCGUAAGUACAUUCUGAAGUAGUAAAUAAAAAUUGCUUUGUCUUCAGUUACAAUAGAGCGAGCUAUUUAUCUAACCACAAAUGCUUGUAGUGGAAGUAAUGACAAAUGUCGUAGUCCUGAUUGGCAGGACUCACAAAUAAAUAUUUACCCUGUAUUUUCUGUUUCAUAAUCUUUUUCAGAGCUUCUGAGAAGCUUCUCGCAAUAACACAAAGCUCUCUGAAGAUGAAAAUUGCUAUUUAACUGCUAAAAACCUAUUCUGCAGAGCUCCUAUUAUUGCUUUGUUUCUCUCUUGGCAAUGUGUCUUCAGGUCAGAUGCUUGCUUACUGAAUUAUUUCAGGGUGGGAUAUACUUCAUAGAAAGAUCUUGUAGUGGUUGCAAGUGAGUAAAAUGUUAAAAUGGACUCUGGGGUGUUGCAGAGUCAAGGAUUUCAAGUCCAUGGCUUCACUUGAUACACUGGCUUCUCCUCAAAUGCUGCCCUUGGGCACAGCAACCCGGGCCCUUCUAGCCCAUUCUGAAUUUUGUUUACUAGAUGGUAGAUUCUUACCUGGGAUUUGGUGUCGAGCCUGGUUUCCACACAGGUGUCAGCCUGGGCAGAAGUCGUCCUUGGGCCAAAGAGGGGUUUGUUUGGUUGGUUUUUUUACAGUUCUGCCUCCUCUCAAAUCACCAAACAUGGCAGGGGCUGUCUGAACACUUUCCACUGACAACUUGAGGUACAGAGUUUGAAGAAAAUGCGGCUCUGGAUUCAGUAUUCAGUAUUCAUAGAGAGCCUAGCGUGCUUUUCAGUUGUUGUUAGUUGCUUGGCAUAAACCAGAUGUGGUGGAAAUAUUCCACCAAAUGUGGUGGAAAAAAAAACCCAACUUUUUGGAUUUCUUCAGAAAGUGAGACUUUAGGUAGUAGCUAGUUUUUUACUAAAAACUUCCCGUUGUUUCCCCUUUGCUCCCUUUAACCACUGUGCAUGCCUUUCUGCUCCUCCGGUCUGCUAGGGUGGCUCCUCGGACAAAGAUUGCUGUGCGCGUUCAGGAAAUAAUUUACUGCUGGGAUUUGUCACUGGGGCAUUUGAAGUAUGAAAUACCCAACAGCAGCCGAACAGUCUGAGCAGGUUGACUAGUAACAAGACUUAGCGUAUAAUGGUCUCAAAGCAUCGCUACAAAACUGGGUGUCCUGGAUACAAAAAGCUAGAAAAAGAUUCAGCUUUUAUUAAAUUUUUGUCUUCCUGCUUAACAAAUACAGGGCUACAAGGACAAACUCCAGUUUUGUGUUCUGUGAUACGAAGGCGUCUUGUACACUCGUAACCAGAGCUUAUGGCUGCGAGAGACAGAGAGUUUACUGCACUAUAAAAUCACUUUGUUAGAGGUUUUAUACUGAGCUAUUCUCUUCUGUGAUCAGAGUUUAAUAAAAAAUGGAUUU